ACUUGCUCUCGUAUCUACUAGUGAAGCUUGCGGCGGCGCCUGGACUCACUAGAAUGGCUCAAACCGACUGAUGUCUCAAAGUUACACUCGCAACUCAGUGUGUGCUUGUCACAUUCUGCCGCUUUAUUUAAACUUUCUCUAGACUGGGGGUUCAUCACACGGUUCUGGUUCUGCUUCCUGUCGUGGUCGUGCAGGUGUGAGUCAACAUGCAGGAGUCGAAGGCGGAGCAGGCGUCCAAUGGCAGCGCAGCGUGUGAGGCGUCCAAUGGCAGCGCAGCGUGUGAGGCGGGAGCGAGCGUGAGAGCUGAAGAGCAGCCCACGGCCGGAUCAUCGUCCAAUCAGGGAGCAGAGGCCAGUCUGCCGCACGCACAGCAGGCCCUUCAAGUUGCACAACAGUUCCAGCAACAGCAAGAACAACAACAACAACAGCAGCAGCAACAACAACAACAACAACAGCAGCAGUCGCAGCAGCCAAGGAGUGGGGGGAAGUCCCCUAGGGCCUCUGAGACAGAGACAGACUCACAGGUCCCAGCAGCACUAUCCCUGAUGAGUCCCCAGCUGGUGACGGUGCAGCAGAUGCAGCAGCUGCUCCAACAGCAGGUCCUGAGUCCCCAGCAGCUACAGGCCCUCUUACAGCAGCAACAGGCCCUCAUGCUGCAGCAGUCCCAGCUGCAGGAGUUCUACAAGAAGCAGCAGGAUGAUCUGCACCUGCAACUGCUGCAGCAGCAGAAGGCCGGCAAGCAGAGCCAGGAGCAGCAGCUGAUGGUGCAGCAGUUGGCGUUCCAGCAGCAGCUCUUGCAGGCUCAACAGCAGCAGCUCGUAGCGCUACAGAGACACGGAAUCCUGCCCAGCACCGGUCCUUCACCUCUGGACCUGCAGCACCUGUGGAAGGAGUCCCAAAUGGCUGCGUCGGCGGACAGCAGGCGUGAGGAGAGAGGUGAUGCGUCGCCCACGACAACCAAACCCCCGCUGACCGCUCCGCACCACCAUGCGGCCACCAACGGCCACCACGGCCCACGCCAGGGGAGUUCCCAGGAGGGCCAGUCCCAGGCCAGCCAUCCCCUGUACAGCCACGGUGUGUGCAAGUGGCCGGGCUGUGAGGCCGUGUUCGGAGACUUCCAAGCCUUCCUCAAGCACCUGAAUAACGAGCAUGCCCUGGAUGACAAGAGCACAGCGCAGUGUCGGGUCCAGAUGCAGGUGGUGCAGCAGCUGGAGCUCCAGCUGGCGAAGGACAAGGAGCGUCUGCAGGCCAUGAUGGCUCAUCUACGCGUCAAGUCCAGCGAGACCAAGCCGCCACCUCAACCGGUCAACCUGGUGUCCAGCAUGACGCUCUCCAAGGCGAUGGUUCCCAAGGCGACGGCCGUCUCCAUGAGCUUGUCCCAGUCGGCCAUGGCUCCCUCCACGCCGCUCACGCCGCUGCCCCAGGCCCCGCCCCCUAGCAUGCUCCCCAGCGGCCUGCACGGCUCCGCCUCCCGCCGACGCCUCUCCGACAAGUACGGGGCCUCCAUGAACCAAGACAUCGUCCAGAACAAGGAGUUCUACUCCAGCGCUGAGGUGCGGCCGCCGUUCACCUACGCCUCCUUAAUACGCCAGGCCAUCUUUGAGUCUCCAGACAGACAGCUGACACUAAACGAGAUCUACAACUGGUUCACGCGCACCUUUGCGUAUUUCAGGAAGAACGCAGCGACAUGGAAGAAUGCCGUGCGGCACAACCUGAGUCUGCACAAGUGCUUUGUGCGCGUGGAGAACGUGAAGGGAGCCGUGUGGACCGUGGACGAGCUCGAGUUCCAGAAGAGGAGACCACAGAAGAUCACCGGGUCUCCCUCCAUUGUGAAGGGCAUUCAGUCCAGCCUGGGCCACAGUCCAGCCUUCUCAGCUCUCCAGGCUGCCAUGGCGGAGAGCUCUCUCCCUCUGUACGGCUCUGCGUCGCUGGGCAGCGCUGGGCUGCACUCUCUGGCCUCCUCACUCCACCACCAGCUCAACGGCUCCCUGAAGGAGGACCUGGACAGCGACGCCAGCGACGACCUCUCCCCUCCGCACGCCCUGUACUCUGGUUCGCGGGUGAAGGAGGAGCAGGAGGAGGAAGAGGAGGAGGAGGAGGAGGAGUACGAGUCUCCAGAGAUGAUGCUGGACGAGUGCAGUCCUGAGCACCAGCACCAGCACCAGCGCUACUACCAGCCCUCCCUGCCCCCCCGCGCCUCCCCCCCCGCCUUCUCCUGAGAGCCCCUCACACACACACACCUCACACACACACCACACACACACCUCACACCUCACACACACACCUCACACACACACACCUCACACCUCACACACACCUCACACACACCAGUCCUCCCUGCCCCGCGCCUCCCCCCCCAGCCUUCUCCUGAGAGCCUCUCACACACACACCUCACACACACCUCACACAUACACACCUCACACCUCACACACACCUCACACACACCAGUCCUCCCUGCCCCGCGCCUCCCCCCCGCCUUCUCCUGAGAGCCUCUCACACACACACCUCACACACACACACACACACACACACACACACACCUCACACACACACACACCUCACACACACACACACCUCACACACACACACACACACACACACACACACCUCACACACACACACACACACACACACACACACACACACACCUCCACAUGGGCUUGGGUACACUCCCCUAAUCACUCAGUCACUCCCCCGCUGUUGUGCACACACAAAUCAAACACUCUCAUUGACAGCUAAGAUAAUGUACUGAACGGACACACACAACGCGUUUCCUUUGGAGCCACACUGAGAAGCGAAGCGCCUCGCGGCUAGAGGGGCUUCUGCGUCGUUGUUGUUGUUGUUGUUGUUGUCGUUGUUACUGUAUUUAUUUUGAAUGGCGACACGUUGUAGCGCCCUGUGGAAUGGACUGACCUCACUGGUGACCUCACUGGUGACCUCACUGGUACGUCAAGGGCUCAUCCGUGCCUGAGCACAGAGAGGGCAAACGCCACCACCUGCCCCAGGUCAAAGGUCAGAGGUCAACUACGCCACCUGCCCCAGCUCAAAGGUUAAAGGGCAACUCCACCACCUGCCCCAGCUCAAAGGGCAACUCCACCACCUGCCCCAGGUCAAAGGUUAAAGGGCAACUCCAUGACCAGUCUCUCCCAAGACCUCCCAGCACACAAGGCACAUCACCCCACUGCUCACCUCAACCCAUCCCAAUGACUGCCACUGACUUGUCUCGCCUGAUGCCUUGUAUGGUUGAACUUGUGUGAACUUGUGUGAACUGUGUGUGUGUGUGUGUGUGUGUGUGUGUGUGUGUGUGUGUGUGUGUGUGUGUGUGUGUGUGUGUGUGUGUGUGUGUGUGUGUGUGUGUGUGUGUGUGUGUGUGUGUGUGUGUGUGUGUGUGUGUGUGUGUGUGUGUGUGUGUGUGUGUACAUGUUAUUUUUAUGGUAAUGGUUUCAUAAUUUACAUUUAGCUCCAGUCAGGGGGAAAGGUGUAUCUGCGUGUGUGUGUGUACGUAUGUGUGUGUGUGUGUGUGUGUGUGUGUGUGAUAGACGAAGGGUCAUAAACCUAGUGAAUGUCUCCAUCAUCUGUUUUACCUCCUUUUUAUUUUGUUUUUAAUUUGACAAAAGAGUUGAAUUUGAACCAAAGUGGAACUUGUCUGACGAGCACUUGAUGAAUGUUGUUUGUGUUUCUCUUUCUGUCUUUUUCUCCUCAUCUUUCUCUCGGCCCCCCGAGUGUGCUGAAGGGCAAGAUUAUCUGACUGUAUUUCGUAGCUAGUUUUCAUUUAAGACACGAUGCCUUCCAUUGCAUUAUUUUAAAGGAGUGUCUGGCUCUUACCCUGAUUCAUGGUAGUAGAUAAAACAAACUUAAUUAGGAGAGGAUAAAUCUGCAUUUAUGUAAAAAAAAGAAAGUCUAGUUUUUAAGGUUCUCUUUUGAAUUUGUAACUGUCCAUGGAGUUAACCAAAGACUAUUAAAAUGAGGACACACAAUACUCCUUGUUUACGUCAGAUGGGCCAGAAGAGAACGUGAUUGUCAGCAGCUACCAAUGACUUUGUAAAAAAUAGAUAUUGGCAAGUGUGAAUGGUGACAUGCCAAACAUGGGUCAGUGUCAAUCACGCGUGUGAUCCAGCAGUCCUGGGACAUGGAGUUUUGACCAUCGUCUCAGCUGACUAGCGAGUUAAUGAAACUUAACACUUGAUUUGUUUUUUUAUUCCCUUUUAUAUAAUGCAAAUAUACUUGUUCUUGUAUUUGUACAAAGGGCACUAUCCUUUAAUAAUAAAAGCCAAA